AUGGCAGCCUACACUGGGGACUCAUACCCCAGCGAUCAUUUGUCUCGGUUUAACCGAGUAAUGACGGUUAUGAGAGUCAGUAAUGAUGUCAAGUGCUUAUGCUUUCCACUAACAUUAAGCGGUUCCGCGGAGGAGUGGUUCAAAAAGUUGGAACCAGGAUCUGUGGACUGCUGGAACAAAUUGCAAGUUAGCUUCCGGAGACAGUUCGUCGCCGCAAGAAAGAUUAAUCUCGAAGUCAGUGCCCUGACUAACAUCAAGCAACUACCCACAGAAACGUUGAAAAAUUUUAUAAAGAGGUUCAAGGAAGAAGCCUCAAAAACCAAGAAAGUUGAUGACGGGCAGCAACUUACGCUUCUUCAAGCCGGGAUCCGUACAGGAACCCCGUUCUGGAACGAAUUACAACAAGAAAGAGCUGCUAACCUCCAAGAUUUCCAGAAGAGAGUCCAAAAGUACAUCAACUUGGAAGAGGCCCAAAUAGUGGCCUACGGAGGAUACUACCCAACUGGAGUGGCAGGAUAUGUACUCGGGGUUCAACUCUCGAGAACCCUACCUUUAGCUACUCCACAAAUGAGUGAUAUACAGUUCUCCGCUACUCCAGGAUACAAUCAAAGCCAAGCCUUGGCUCCCGCAUCUUCGCAUUACGGGAACCCCUCAGGGGUAAGCGGACAAGUCCCAUCUCACUCCGCUCUUGCUGCAAGCCUAACCGGACCUUCUCAAGGCUCCCGGAGCAAGAGGUCCUCAAAAGGCAGCAACCAGACGGAGGACAAGCGCCAAAAAAGAGGGUAUACUCCCCAAUAUACCCAGUACACAGAGCUGACGAACACACAAUAG